AUGAACGAUUCUGCUGUCUUGUUUCUGGCAAUUUUUCAGCUCUUAUUUCUUGCAUGUUGCUUCUAUUUGUGUAUCAAGAGCUGUGCUAUUAUUAAUUGCUUGAAUGGAUUUUGCAAUUUCUUUGGAAAGUAUGAUAAAGAGGAGGAAACUCAAGGACAUUCAGGACAAAGUGCUGUAAAUCAUUCAUAUUUUAUGCCAACCAUAGAACAUCCAACGCUUCCUUUAGAAUGUAAAAUGGAAAAUUGUAAUUCACAUCCAUGUCAUCAUAAUUUUUUUCCUAAAUGUAGUUCCACUGAUGUAGCUAUUAAUGUAAGUGGUGAGGCAUUAUUAGAAAGUGAAUUAUAG